GCUUCUCGUAGGAGAUAUUUGUAAUUGAAUAAAUUAUAUUUCAAAAGAGAUAAAUUAUUUCCAAUGAAAUACACAGAGAGGAUUUCAAAGGGCGUACCUGUUCCGAAAAGGCGAAGACGCUUUUAAUAGCUGUGAUGGCGAUCGUUGGCUUGGGAUAGUCGUGGGAUUAAGUUCAACGACUAUCUUCAAAAAGGUAAAUAAUAACAGUAGAGUAUUACGCAUCAUUUCUUGAUAAGGUAAAUGGCAUUUGAAGAAGAAAGAAUUGCUCUUAUUUCCGGAUAACGACCUUUUCAUACUUAGGUAAUAUCCAUAGUUAAAAUCCACAAAUUGAUUAAUCACCCUAUACGUAUUUACUUUUCUUUUGUUUCAUAACCUCAAAGUUUCAUUUGCACGAAAGCGCAAGUUCAAGAACAUUACUGGGCUAAGCGUAUAUACUAAACUUUUCUGACAACCCUUGUAAUAAGCGAGAGUGACAUUGCAUAGCAGCUGUCAGUUGAACGUCCAUGUUGCCAAGUGCGCGGACAUCGAGAAACUAGAAUCUUCACGAGUUUGCAAACACGCGUUUAUAAUUUAUAAAAUUUCACUUAAUUUCACUCGAACCUACUAUCACUUUUUGUCUAUAAAUUGUCACUGCAUUCAAUAAGGAUGAGUUCAGUAUAAACGUAGACUGUGAAUUUGACCCUUAAUCUAAAAGCACAUUCGGACUAUUUAUGACUAUUGGACCGAACCUAAUACUAUUUUUAUUACUGGUUUCUUGUAAACAUGCUUGUGGAAUAAAAAGUAAAACCCAGGAUUGCUUAAUAAAGUUUAUUUGAUAAGAAGUAACAAAAAUAUGAGAAUAUAAAUGUCUUUAUUGAAAAAUAAAGUAUUUCUAUUAAUUUUAACAACAUUUAACAACUUCUUGUUAAGAAGUAGAUAGGCGGAGACCUUCCAUCACGUGACUAAUAUGUCAGCAGCACUCAAAUCAAAAUUUCUUCAACUCGUUAGAAAAAAUUGUUAUGAGUAAUAUUACAAACGCUAAUUUUUGAAUUACCCUGUACAUAAAUUACCUUCAACACUGAAAAUUCUUUAUCUAUAACUAAUAACUAAAUAAAAAUGUAUUACUUUGUGAUGUGUAUUUCCAUUUUGUGGGAUUAUUUAGUUUGAUUCAAUUUUUCAUCACGUCGUGUCGUGUAAAAACCCAAAUACUAUGUUGAAAUUCUGUUAUACGAACGGCCAUUGACCCUUAAAACAAGUUUUCCAGUUUAUGUAGAUUUAGUUUGAAGUAUGUUAGUCGGAUGUUUUAGUAGGUAUUAAGAGAAAUAACUUGAAAUAUGUGUAAACCAAUGGAUUAAAUCUUCAUACAAUUAAGGUAUCAACUUGAGAUUUAAUUUUCUUUAACGAACGUCAACCAUGAAGUGAAAUCUAUUUCAAUUGAUAAUGAAUAAUUCUACAGAAAUAAUUUUAACAGAACUUCCAAAUGAUUCCUCUACCACGGAAAAUAAAAAUGACGCUCGUUAUCUUUCAGAUAAUAAAAGACAAUUUUUAAUAUCUGUCUCUACAUUAUCAAUAGUUUCUGGAUAUUUUGCUUGGGCUACUUAUUAUUACUUAAAUUAUUCAGAUUUCGGUUGGAACGAAUUCAUCUCAACAACAUGCACUGGUUAUGGUUUACUCGUAAUACUGUAUUGCUUUUUUAUUUAUGGUUACCUGAACGUUUAUUUCGUGAGACCAUUGGUCUAUCCAAUUUUCAAAAACUCCAUAAAUCUGUUCAAAUAUAAAUUGAAUAACGCCGUUAAUAAAAGUACUGGAUUGCAAAUAAUAAGAAGGUUUUCCGAUAAGAUAUUUUACUUAUCUACAUUUUCGGCAAUCGCUAUAUAUUUAGCAAUCGAUACUAAAGACAACAGAAAUAGAUUGAUUUCAAUAUCCGGACUAAUUAUUUUCUUAUUUAUUGGAUAUAUAUUUUCCAAUAACAGAUCUAAGAUAAACUGGAAAACUGUUAUCUGGGGAAUAAUACUACAAUUUACAUUCGGUUUGAUAACUAUAAGGUGGGAAUUAGGAAGAAAUAUUUUGGAAUGCAUAGGAGAUAAAGUCAAUACUCUUCUUAAUUAUGCUUUCUCUGCAUCUGAAUUUCCUUUUGGCGUGGAGCUUGUUAGGAAUCAACAAGUUUUUGCAUUUAGAGCACUUUCGACUAUAUAUUUUAUUAGUUUUUUGGUAAAUAUUUUGUAUUAUUAUGGUAUAAUGCAAAAAGUCGUAUUGUCUUUAGGAAACUUACUACAAUUUUUAAUGGAUACGUCGAUUUGCGAAAGUGUAAAUAGUGCUGCUAAUAUAUUUUUAGGCAUGACAGAAGCUCCUCUUCUUCUUUCUCCUUAUUUAAAAAAUCUAACAGACUCCGAAAUCCAUUCUAUUAUGUUAUCAGGCUUUGCUACAGUCGCCGGAUCGGUAAUGGCAGCUUAUAUCAAUUACGGCGCUAGACCUCAAGAUUUGAUAACUGCCAGUAUAAUGUCAGCACCGGCUGCUUUAUGUUAUAGUAAAUUAAUGUAUCCGGAAACGGAAGAGGUUAAAAUGCGCAAAGAAAAUAUAAGAGAAACAAAAAUGGAAUAUACUUCAGUAUUAGAGGCUGCCUCUAAAGGGGUUUCGAAUGCGGUAAAUCUAGUACACGGUAUAAUAGCUGGACUUAUUGCAUUUUUGGCUGCUGUCUACUUCAUUAAUGGUGUAUUGGGGUGGUUAGGCGAAUUAGUAGGUUUCACCGAGUCUGUGUUAUCAUUGGAAUUAAUAUCUGGGAAAAUAUUUAUCCCAGUGAGUUAUAUAAUGGGUGUACCGUGGUCGGAGUGCGAAUACGUGGGUACAUUGAUAGGUAUUAAAACCAUGGUGAAUGAAUUCGUUGCUUUCGAACGUAUGCAUACGAUGAUAAACGCGGGGAUGUUAUCGAACAGGACGAAAGUCGUAGCAACUUACGCCAUCUGCGGGUUUUCUAAUCCCGCUUCGAUAGGUAUAAUGACAUCUGCUUUUAGUACUUUGAUUCCUAAUAAAUCUGACGUGAUCACAAGGGUGGUAUUUAGGGCUUGGUUCGGCGGAGCUCUAGUUUGUUUUAUGACCGCUUGUAUAGCUGGAGCAGUUAUGCCCGAAGAAGCGAUACUAGAAUCAAUACAAAGUCACUGAUUUAAUUGAUAUAUUAAAAAAUGUGGCUGUGGAAUGGAUAUUAAGGGUGAAAAAUGACGUUUUUAUAAUCCGUAUUUAUUAUUUAUUUUAUAAAAUUUUAUAAAUACAAUAAAUAGUACUUAUUAC